AUGGCGUCCUCCCUGCUUGAGGAGGAAACUCACUAUGGCUCCAGUCCCCUGGCCAUGCUGACAGCAGCGUGCAGCAAAUUUGGUGGCUCCAGUCCUCUGCGGGACUCAACAACACUGGGCAAAGGAAGCACAAAGAAGUCAUACUCUGUGGGCAGUGACCUUUCAGCCCCCAAAACCAUGGGGGAUGCCUACCCAGCCCCCUUUUCAAGCACGAAUGGGCUCCUCUCACCUGCAGGCAGUCCUCCAGCACCCACCUCGGGCUAUGCCAAUGACUACCCUUCCUUCUCCCAUUCAUUUGCUGGGCCCACAGGCAGCCAGGACCCUGGGCUACUAGUGCCCAAGGGGCACAGCUCUUCUGACUGCCUGCCUAGUGUCUACACCUCUCUGGACAUGGCACAUCCCUACGGCUCCUGGUAUAAGGCGGGCAUCCAUGCAGGCAUUUCACCAGGCCCAGGCAAUGCUCCUACUCCUUGGUGGGACAUGCACACUGGGGGCAACUGGCUGGGUGGUGGGCAGGGCCAGGGUGAUGGGCUGCAAGGGACACUGCCCACAGGCCCUGCUCAGCCUCCACUGAACCCCCAGAUGCCCACCUACCCGUCUGACUUUGCCCCCCUUAAUCCAGCCCCCUACCCAGCUCCCCACCUCCUGCAACCAAGUCCCCAGCAUGUCCUUCCCCAAGAUGUCUAUAAACCUAAGGCAGUGAGCAAUAGUGGGCAGCUGGAGGGGAGUGGUGGAGCCAAACCCCCUCGGGGCGCAGGCCCAGGGGGCAGUGGUGGAUAUGGGGGCAGUGGAGCAGGGCGUUCCUCCUGCGACUGCCCCAAUUGCCAGGAGCUAGAGCGGCUGGGUGCAGCAGCAGCCGGGCUGCGGAAGAAGCCCAUCCACAGCUGCCACAUCCCUGGUUGCGGCAAAGUGUAUGGCAAGGCCUCACACCUGAAGGCCCACUUGCGCUGGCACACAGGCGAGAGGCCCUUCGUCUGCAACUGGCUCUUCUGCGGCAAGAGGUUCACCCGUUCGGACGAGCUGGAGCGUCACGUGCGUACUCAUACUCGGGAGAAGAAGUUCACUUGCCUGCUCUGCUCCAAGCGCUUUACUCGCAGUGACCACCUGAGCAAACAUCAGCGCACCCAUGGGGAGCCCGGCCCGGGCCCCCCUCCCAGUGGCCCCAAGGAGCUGGGGGAGGGUCGCAGUGCAGGGGAAGAGGAGGCGAGUCAGACAUCCGGACCUUCUGCCUCUCCAGCUCCCCCAGAGAAAGCCCCUGGAGGCAGCCCUGAGCAGAGCAACCUGCUAGAGAUCUGA